CAGCUGUGACCCGAACCGGAUUUGAUUGCACUCGCUGUCGCCAACGGUCCCAACGGUCGGUCCUCGAGCCGCCGCCGCCGCUGUCAUCAUGGCGCUCAGCGAUGCCGACGUCCAGAAGCAGAUCAAGCACAUGAUGGCUUUCAUUGAGCAGGAAGCCAAUGAAAAGGCUGAAGAAAUAGAUGCAAAGGCAGAAGAAGAGUUCAACAUUGAGAAGGGUCGCCUUGUUCAAACACAGAGGCUGAAGAUCAUGGAGUAUUAUGAAAAGAAGGAGAAACAAAUUGAACAGCAAAAGAAAAUUCAGAUGUCCAACCUAAUGAAUCAGGCAAGACUGAGAGUCCUAAAGGCAAGGGAUGACCUUAUUGCAGAUUUGCUGAAUGAGGCCAAGCAGAGACUUGCCAAGGUGGUGAAGGAUACUGCCAGGUACCAAACACUGCUGGAUGGACUCGUUCUACAGGGAUUCUAUCAGCUGCUUGAGCCCAGAAUAGCUGUUCGGUGCAGGAAACAGGAUCUCCCCAUGGUUAAGGCUGCUGUACAGAAGAGCAUUCCCAUCUACAAAAACGCCACAAAGAGAGAUGUGGAUGUUCACAUUGACCAAGACAACUUUCUGCCAGAGGACAUUGCUGGAGGCGUUGAAAUCUUUAACAGUGAUGGCAAAAUUAAGGUUUCCAAUACCCUGGAAAGUCGCCUGGAUCUUGUAGCCCAGCAGAUGAUGCCAGAAAUCAGAGUGGCACUCUUUGGUGCUAAUGCCAACAGGAAGUUUUUGGACUAAACCUCUAGGAAAGAAGGUGGGCUCUGUUCCACUGCCAUACUGAAGGGAUGCAAAAGCACCUGCUGAUUUAAAAUCUUGAAGUAUAACAUUACUGUGUCAUCCAAUAUCUGUUUAUCAAUGGAAUAAUUUUGCAUACCUGCUGUGCUUAGCCUCUCCACUCAUGGUUCAUUGCUCAGAGGACAUGAAGACAUACAUACUCAUCCAGAAGUGACACUAGAAGGUGGAGGGCUCUUGGCUUGCCUUGCACUGUUGUGGUGCUAUAAAGACAAGUGGUCCGCUUAGGGUCACUCUCUUAGCUUUGGCCACGUCUUUCUCAAAUUGUCUAAUCUGUGAAGUAAAUUGCUAUGCUGCCCUUGAGAAGUCCCUUUCCAGUUAAGGUCUUCGGUGUUACAGAAGGUGUGCAUUCCUUCCCAAGGUUAAUAGUUUAAUUCAUGUAAUUGAUCAGGCACAGUUUCUGUUCUGUAUAUGUGAUUUAAAGAAAAAAACAAAGCC